AUGCCUCUUCGCGCCAAAGUGACCAACCCAGCCUUCACGACGACAUCAAGCAUGUCGACCGCGUCCAAUGCACAGAUCCCCAAACCUCAAUCCGGCGACGAGCCCGACGAUGUCCUCUUCAAUUCCCUCUACGGCGUGCGACUGGUGGAACUUAACAGGCCAAAGAAGCUCAACUCGUUGAACGGCUCGAUGGUUAGGAAGAUUCUUCCUCGGCUGAAGGAAUGGGAAAAAUCUCAGCUGGCCAACAUCGUCAUGGUCUCCGGAGCCGGCUCAAAGGCUCUUUGCGCCGGCGGCGACGUGGCUGCUCUCGCGCUCCAGAACGAAACCGGCCCCGAGGGACAACAAGCUUCGGCAGACUUCUUCGGACUCGAAUACAAGCUCGACCACACCAUUGCGACCUACACGAAACCCUACAUUUCCGUUAUGGACGGCAUUACCAUGGGCGGAGGCGUCGGACUGAGUGUUCACGCCCCGUUCCGCAUCGCGACCGAGCGCACCGUCUUCGCCAUGCCCGAAACGACCAUCGGCUUCUUUCCCGACGUUGGCGGCUCGUUCUUCCUUCCCCGCCUUGACGGCGAGCUUGGCACCUACCUGGCGUUGACAUCAGCGCGUCUGACCGGUGCUCAGGCUCUGUACGCCGGCAUUGCUACGCAUUACUUUGACUCUAGCGUUCUGGGCAACCUUACGGCCCGUCUGUCGGAAUUGGUCUUCCGCGACCACGCCUCUCUUCAGGAGCAGCUAGACCUGGUCAACCGAACAAUGGCCGAGUUCUCGACUGGUCUUCCUGAGGGACCUGAAAUUCGUGGUGAGCUGCGCAAGGCGAUUGACCGCUGCUUCCGUCACAACACCGUGGAGGAGAUCAUACGGUCCCUGGAGCAGGAAACGACGCACAAGCAGUGGGCGCAAGAGACACUAGAGACCAUGUCGCAGCGGUCGCCCACCUCUCUCAAGGUUGCACUGCGCCAACAGCGCGUCGGCAAGUCAUGGGGCAUCGCCGAGACGUUCCAGCGAGAGUAUGAGAUCGCUGCGCGGUUCAUGCGCCACCCCGAUUUCGUCGCGGGCGUCAAGGCGCUUCUCAUCUCGAAGCCCCGCCGCAAGGCGCAGUGGCAGCCUGCAAGCCUGGAAGAGGUCUCUACCAAGGACGUCGAUGCGUUCUUCACGAUUCCUGACGGCCGGGACCGCAUGCCUCUUCUGAACAAUCACAAUUGGCGCAAUUAUCCGCACGCCUACGGCCUCCCCUCCGAAAAGGUCAUCGAGAAGUAUGUCCGGAGGCACGCGAAGACAGCAAAGGAACUCAUUGUCGAGCAUUUUGUGAAGGAAUACGACCAUAAGGAGGGCGUUGAGCAGAAGGUCGCCGAGGUGCUGUCCAGAAAGACUACUGUUACUGAGAAGGGCCUUCAAUGGGAGGGCGAGGCCUCUGGCCCCGAACUUGAGUAG